UCAAUUUGUGGUAAAAAAAGGAUUUAACCUCCCUGGCAGUAUUCCCGAGUGUAGCUCGGGGUAAAGUUUCAGUACCAGAAGCGGUAACCCCGAGCUACACUCGGGCUUACCAUGCGGCGCUGCUCCGGGAUCCCUCGAUCACUUACCUUGUUCUGCUCUCCUGCGAUGUCCCUCCUGCAGUGUCCCUGGCAAUGUAAUCCGGCGGAUGCCGGCAUCUGUCCUCUGGGUUCCGUUCCCCGGGACGUACGGGGGACAGAACGGCGGGAAAUUUGAAAAUGACAAAAAG